AUGAAUCGAUGGAAAGUUACGAACAACUGGCGAAAUUUCAGUAAAAUGCGACGUAAUGUUAAUCAUAAAGAUAAGGAAAGCGAUUGCAGUGCGAGCCCACAACCUUUAGGGUUCUCCACUUGGUUGAUAACUCUGGAGCAUUCAGAUGAAUCUAAUAAAAACUAUGGGGCGAUGCCUGCGGUUACGAACUAUAUUUUCUUUAUGGGUGGACGGUUUCGCACUAUUAGUGGUACGAAGGUUCUAUCGAUACUAGUAUUAGCGCUCGUCAUUGCUCCUAUGGUCCUCUUUUCCAUCUUCGAAACACGUAAACAAUGGAACCUCGGAACGGCUUGCCGAGUUCUCGUCGUUCUGUUUUACUACUUCUGGAUUACUUGUUUCGCAUCUUUUAUCCGAACGGCAACAACAGAUCCUGGCGUCCUUCCAAGAAAUAUACACGUUCCCACGGUAAUAAAUGACUAUGAACUACCUCAAGAAUACUACAACAUCAUCACACUUCCGACGUCUGACCCUUGUGAAAGAUCAGUGGACGUUAAAUAUUGCCCUACAUGUCGUAUAUGGAGGCCGCCGCGGGCUUCUCACUGUUCAACAUGUGAGACUUGCAUUAUGACACACGAUCACCACUGUGUUUGGGUCAACAACUGCAUAGGUCAACGAAAUUACAGAUACUUCCUAGCGUUUCUUUCGAGUUGCACUAUUACAGCUGCUACGUGUAUAGCCAGUUGUAGUAUCCACAUAUCGAAGGUCGCACAUGCUAGCGAUAGCCCAGUCGCCAUUUUGCUGGUCAUUUACUGUGGACUGGGGUUCUGCUAUCCUUUUAUUCUUUUAAUCUAUCAUGUUUUUUUAACUGGUACUCAGCAGACCACCCGUGAGUAUCUGAAAACUGUUCAAUCUAAAACAGCCGUUUUUCAUAAGAUUACUUCUCCUCAAAACAACGCCUUCGACAAGAAAAACAUCUUUUCCAAUAUGAUCUCUUUGAUAUGUGAACCAAGAGGUUUAAGUCUUGUUAGUGCAAGGAGUAGACAUUCUAAAGGGGACUGGAGAUUCUUGAAUCUGCCCCAACCACAUAGUUUUCAAAAAGCUUAA